AGGACACCCGUGAAAGCCCCACACGCACCCUUUUAAGUGCCCGAGAUAUUCGGUUCAGUUCAGACCACUGUGCACUCUAGCCAUGGGCCGUGUAGCAUCCUUAGCGUCUUUGGUUAUCACGAUCCUCGCACUUCUAGUUCUGGGCGCUCACGCGAAUUGCAUUUGGUAUGGCAUAGGUGAAAAGCCUGCUCGAGGUCGCGCCAAAUAUUCAGCUUAUAAUGGCACCGCCAAACCACUCGUCAACGAGACCGCUUACACCACUUUGAAGAAACUGUGCCCAAAUUACGCGCAGAACCACAAUCCUCCUCUGUGUUGUGAUGGUGAGCAGAUUGCCUUCUUCUCCGCUUCUGCAGUGGCUGCUCAAGACCUCUUAAAAAGUAACCGGGGUUAUAUUCAUAUGGUGAUUUUGGGCUGAACACGAAAUGAAUAAUGGCGAGUGUUACUUCAGAAUUUACCAAACCACAAUAGAUAAACAACUGAAAAUCAACGGAAUUGGUUUUCCUCCCAAUUGUACACUUUAUUUAUCCCGAAAAUUCAGCUACCUUCUCGCGCACCUAUUUCUUCCGACCCAUCAGAUGUCCUGCGUGCUGGGCCAACUUCCGUCUUCUUCUAUGCGCCAUGACAUGCGAUCCGAACCAGUCAGAGUUCCUUACUCCGAACAUAGACAAAUCCGUGGUCUCCUCCAUCGUGUACAGUGUGACCAGUACCGUGGCAAACAACUUUUUCAACAGCUGUAAAGACGUUCAGUUCGCCGGUGCGCACGCUAUUGACCCUAUUUGUGCAUCGACUUCCUGCACUCCAGAGAAGCUUCUCCGCGGUAUUGGGUCCCAAAGUCCGUUUCCGGUCAAUUUCGUCAUUACACCGGACCCCGCCAAUCCCACGUCCAACACCGGUGGAAAGCAGCCCUUUAACCAGACAUUCUAUCCGUGCAACGAAUCAGUGCCUCGGCGUGGUUCCGACACUGGAGGACCUGCAUGCUCAUGUUUGGACUGUGAAAGCUCCUGUGUAGCACCACCGGAACCUCCUGUACCACAGCCUCCUCCUCAGAUCUUCGGUUUAGAUGCCUGGUGGGUUGGCGCUUUAUUCCUCUUUAUUGGUCUGGUGCUUGUGUUCGCUGCCUGUGAGACUAUCACAUACCUUUACCACAGGCGAAGGGCAGCAGCUGUCAUUGAGGACAAGCGCGACCAUUUGAAAGACGGCUCUUCCCAGGUUACGGAUGCACUUGAUGCGGAUGAAUCCGCUUCACCACGACGUCCCAACUGUUUAGUGCGUUUGCAGGCAAAACUCGAAGAUCUGCUGUGUCAGAUGUUCACCUGGCUUGGACGACUAGUCGCCCGUCAUCCGUACAUCACUCUAUUGAUCUCCCUCUCAAUAUCCAUCGUCCUAGCCGCCGGUUUGUCCAUGUUCACCGUGACCACGAAUCCCGUCGAGCUAUGGUCGCCUCCGACCUCCCGCUCGCGGCUAGAAAAAGACUACUUCGAUACUAAUUUCGCUCCAUUUUUCCGAACCGAACAAAUAAUCAUUCGCCCUCGGAAUCAAAGCAAUUUCGUGCACAAAUCGCUGUUUCCCGCAUCCGGUAAGAUGCUAGUGGGACCUGCCUUGCGGAAGUCCUUUCUAGAGGAAGUCUUGAAGUUGCAGAAAAUGAUCCAGCAUUUCUCAGUCUACUCGAAGGAGUUUGGCAAAAACAUCACCCUCGAGGACAUCUGCUUCAAACCAUUGGCUCCUGAUAACUUAGAGUGUGGAAUUACGAGCCCACUGGAGUAUUUCCAAAGUGAUCUUGCUACUUUCAAUGAAACUCUUCGCCUCGUUGGCAUUGUGAUGGCCGAUUACCUUGAUCACUUACUGUUCUGUGCUAACUCACCGGUUUCCACCGGGGGUUCUUUUCCCAACAAGACGGUCAGCUGCCUCGGCUCAUCCAGUAUGCCAAUCCUACCCGCUGUUGUUUUCGGAGGAUUCAAUGGCACCAAUUACAACGGUUCUCAGUCUGUAGUGCUCACUUUCCUGGUCAACAAUGAUCCAAACCCCCGUUCGGAACAGGUGCGAAAAGCCGAACUUUGGGAAGCCGAAUACUUGCGCAUACUGAGACGUUGGGCCAAGGAGAAUGCGGAUUUGGCCACCAUCAGUUAUCAAGCUGAGCGUUCGGUGGAGGAUGAGAUCAAUCGGCAAUCAGAAGCGGAUGUCUCGACGGUGGUGAUCAGCUACAUCGUCAUGUUCAUUUAUGUCAGCAUCUUCGUGGCUUACUAUCGUAGCUGCAGAACUAUCCUUGUGGAUAUGCGAAUCACCUUGGGUUUCGGAGGUGUGCUCAUUGUCAUUUUGUCAGUUGUCGCCUCUGUUGGUCUAUGGAGUUACAUUGGUACCCCCGCUACACUGAUCAUCAUCGAGGUGAUCCCGUUCUUGGUGCUGGCAGUUGGUGUGGACAACAUUUUCCUCUUGGUCCAUGGUUUCGAAGUUGAGGCUGCAGAUGCGGACAGAUUGUUGCGCGAAGAAGCAGCCCGUUUGAGUCAAGCGACUUUCCGUUCUGCCGAUCUGUCAGCACAAUCUGUCACCGGAGGGUCUAAGUUAAUGCGAACGGUUGCCACGUCCCCUCAGCUCAAUUCAGCAAUCAAAAACGUGGUGGAAACUCGCAUUUCACGUACAUUAGGACGUGUUGGCCCUUCCCUUUUGCUAUCCAGCGUGGCGGAAUCCGUGGCCUUCUUUUGUGGUUCGCUCACCAGCAUGCCAGCUGUUCGGGUUUUCGCAUUGUACGCCGGCAUGGCGAUUGCAUUCAACUUGCUUCUCCAGCUAUCCGCAUUCGUCGCCUUGAUGACACUGGACUCACGUCGAUGGGCGGCGCGUAGAUUUGAUGUCUUCUGUUGCUUCGGAUUGAACGAUACUCUUGAGGAGACUGAUGUAUCUCGUACCUUCGUGAAUGAGGAUGCCCAGCGAAACUCGACGACAGAACGACCUACCGCUCAAAUGAACUCUGUGUCGCUUAAUUCAAAUGCCUUGGAUGACGUCCGAUUGUCCAACUUGAUGCUUUCGGAGAAGCAACUGAAUGUAUCAAAUUCCAUGCCCUGGUUACACCGAGCUAUUGCGCAUGGUUUCACUCCGUUUCUGCUUUCCCGUUGGGUUCGUCCAAUCGUAAUCGUGCUCAGCUUGGCUUGGGCCUGCAUCGCCAUCGCGAUCAUUCCAAACGGAACCCACAUCGGAUUGGAUCAGCGUCUAUCUGUGCCGGAGGAUUCGUAUAUGUUGGACUUUUUUAAUGCCCUAGCCACGGACCUCCGUGUCGGCCCACCUCUCUAUUUUGUUGUCACUGAUGGACACAGUUACAACGACACAGCCGGUCAGAAUGAAGUCUGCGGUACGGUCGGAUGCCCACAGAACUCACUUAUGGGCCGCAUCAGUGAUGCAUCAAAACUGUCAGCCUACUCGUGGGUUGCUCAACCGGCAUCCUCUUGGAUCGAUGACUACUUCGAUUGGAUCGAUCCUGACGGCUCGCCAUACUGUUGUCGAAUGUAUCCAAAUUUGACCAACUUUUGUCCAGACACUGCACCUUUGGACGCAUGUGUUACCUGCCCGGUGGAAUUGAUCGAUGGGCGUCCGUCGGCCAAGAACUUCACUGGUUACCUGGGUCGAUUUUUAGACCAGAACCCUGGAACAGAGUGUACCAAGGGUGGCCGAGCCGCCUACCAUUAUGCUGUAUCCCUUGGUCCGGGAAAUUCUGUUGGUGCAACCUACUACAUGACCUACCAUGCUGUGCUCGAAAACCCGGACGAUUAUGUGGACGCCUUGAAAGGUGCCCGUAUGGUUGCAGACGAGGUUAACGCACAAUGGCGAGCGAAUCGCUCCAUUCCAAGGCGUAGCUCCUAUCCUCCCCAAGACUAUGUUUAUCCCUAUAGCGUGUUUUACGUGUUCUACGAACAAUAUUUGACCAUUGUGAACGAAGCGGUAAUCCAAAUCGCUGUUUGCCUCCUCGCUGUGUCGGUGGUCACAUUCCUGCUUCUGGGACUCAAUCUGCUCGCAACGCUUAUGGUUCUCCUUGGGGUGGCGUACAUUGUGCUCAGUUUGCUCGCGAUGAUGGUCCUGUGGAACAUCGACUUGAACGCUUUGUCUCUAGUCAACUUGGUUGUGGGCAUUGGUAUCUCGGUGGAGUUCUGUGCCCACAUCGUUCGUGCAUUCACCAUAAGCGUCGAACCAACACGGCUUGCUCGAGCCAAAGCCUCAUUGGCAGAGAUGGGCAACUCUAUUCUUAGUGGUAUCACACUGACCAAUCUGGGCAGCAUUGCUGUAUUGGCCUUCGCCAAAUCGCGACUUUUUCAAGUAUUUUACUUCCGCAUGUAUUUAGGAAUCACUGCCUUCGGAGCCUACACUGGUCUCAUCUUCCUACCGGUGGUUCUGAGCUACAUAGGUCCUGGACUGAACAAGGCGCUAGCACACAAGAAUUCGAAACGUCCACUUGAGCAUGAUCUCACGAAUCACGUUACCGAUGAAGAUGAUCACCGGAACCGCUGAUUCAUUUACUGAAAAGUACGGUUCGGAAUUGGCGCCCAUCUGUGAUCAACCAUUUCAAGGCCAUUCGCCUCCAUUUAGCCUCUUACUCGGCUCGAGUUUUCGAAUUAUGUUCCUUCCUUUCUAUUCCUUUUGAUUCGGCCUAUUUUGUAAAUCUAGUUAUUUGCCGCCCAUCGGUUUGAUUUUCACCUAUUCAGUUGAAACACUCAGUUUCAUUUGGCUCUGGCCGUUUUAUUGUUCGCGUCAUUAUGCGCGAACACUUGCUUUUACUUUCGAUGCAACCGUUACUAUUUUGUUAGUUCCACCCUCAUUUUCUCUCAGGACCGAUCUGUGUUACCCACAUGCACACAGAGAUAUACAUAUGCAUCGUGAAUAUCCC